GCUCUAGACGAUCACAGAAACAGUGCUGUUUUCUCCCUCUGCCACUGGGGAGUGCUGCAACAGCUUGCUUCUGGAAGGCCAGGAGAACUCGGAGGCACUUGGAGUGAAAAACAUGGACAUGACUAAAGACGUUGCCUUAACUACCUCACAAGGUGACUCCUCGGUUCUCCCUUUUGAUGGUGCCCCCCCCAGUUCCCUGGCCCUGGACGGUGCCGCACAAGACCCAUUCACCUCUGUGCGGAAUGAUGGCCAUUUUGACGAGAACUCCCUCACUCCACUCAUGUCCUCAGAGACAUUUAAAGUGACAGGUGAUGAGGCGCAAAACUGUGGCCAUUCUGAUCUCCAGAGCAAGACACCAGAUCCUUCCUUAGAGCAACUUAAAGCUGGUCAUACAUCAAGUUUGUCAGUCCCAAAAGAGGAAAGCAGCCAUCUUGCAUGCCAAGACGAGACACCAGAAGCCUCCUCAGAGGAGCCAAAUCCUGCGGAAACCUCAGAAAAGAUAACUGACGGGGAAGAGGGCAGGCCUCACAAGCACCGUGACACAUGCCCCACUGCGACUGCUGGCUCCCCGAAGCAUCCGGAACCUUCGGAAACACCAAGCGAGCUUGGCCAAGGAGAAAGGGGAAGCCCUUUUGUUCAUUAUAGGGACACCUCUGAAUUUUUUCCAGAGCAACAAAAGUCUGACAGUAGCACCUGGAUCCAAUUAGUGGUAGGGGAAGAGAGUCAGAUGAAUUGCCAUGGGCAAUCUCCAGGUGUGGCUUCACAAUUGCCAGAACAACCGGAAGGUGCCAGAGACCCUAAAGAAACAGUCUGCAGUGCGGAAAACAGUCAAGACCCUUUUGGACCCAAAUCCGCCUACUUGUCGCUUCCGGAGGCGAAUUCUCCAAAGCAGCCCUGGGAAGGGGGCAGAUUUGUUUCACCUGACCACCCUCCCAGCUGUAUUUCCUCUGCUGACCCUCAAGAGACACUUGACCCUGCCAACAUUAGUGAAGGCCAAAAGCCAGGUGGCCAAGAAAUGACAGGAACAGGAGAAAGGGAAAAGGUGGCUGCUGGGCAGGAGCACCAGCCAAUAGAUUCGGGGAACAAUCUAGGUGACCCAAACAGGCAAUCCUUGGAGGAGACCCCGGCAGAUAACUCCCAGACAAGUCAACAGCGUGUUGCCCAAGAUCAGGAGCACUCAGCAGCCAGUCCUUUCCAAGCUCUGGCAUUAACAGACCCUCAAUCAGGAAUUGGCACUUGUUGCCAGCAGAGGGCAGCUGGCACUGGUUGUGACACAUUUCCCAAGGCAGUGCCACCGCUGUCUCCUGUGGCAACCAGGUCCCUUGGGCCUGCCAGUGAGGGCCCAGCUCCUGGAUGUGACGAGCAAGGGAGGGAGGGACCGAAUGCUCCUGAAUCUCUUGCAGCCGGCAGCAACAGUGAACCUCUGGGUGAGGCUGGAGCCAAAGCAGUUCUGGGAUCUGAGAGGGGAGAAGAGAAAAACAAGGACACUGGGCCAGAACACACCAUCAGAGAGCCAGAGGGUGCCCAGGACCCAAAAAUCCUGGAAAGUGUGAUCUGUACAAGCCCUGAAGACCCAUAUGAUGCCAUGGUUCUAGCCUGCACUAAAGAUUCACUUGAUACCAGGGAUCAGGAAGACUCCCAAGAUUUAUCCAGUACCCAGUAUCUGGUUUCCACCCCUGAGCAAGCUGGUUCCAGUGCCAAACCCAGAGCCAUCUUGCUAAUCCAUUCGAAGGAACCUGCCAAUACUGAAGAGCUGGUGAACGCUACAGAUCCUAUUUGCACCACACACGCUUCUGAUGAACUUUCUGCGGCACGCUGCCCCAUGGACUGGAUGGAAAAUGACACAGGUAACCCAGAGAAUCGCUGCCCCACCACUGAGACUCCUAUUGAGCGAGAGAUCCGUCUUCACUUGGAACGAGAAGAGCUCCUGAGACAGGAGAGGGGCUUGACCAGCCCUCGGGGUGCCCAGGAGUAUGUAGAAGUGCGGAUCAGGCCUAUCCUGAACCCGAGUGUACCACCCUCCCUGCUGCCUAAGGAGAAGGAACGCCAGUGGGCUGGUGCCCAGAUGCAGCGGGAAAUUCAGCGGGAGUGUCAACGCGAGGAGGACCUGGUACAGUUGGGAAAGGUCCGGGGGGCAUAUGACCGAGGGAUGCAGCAGGAGCUUCAGGAGAAGAAGAUGAUCUUUGAGCAGCAUUCCAACAUAGACCCUCUGCCCCCCACCAAGAUGGUGCCAGGCAGCUCUGAGGGGAUGAGGGAGCGAUCCUUCGAUGAGGCUGACAGUGUGACCGGCACAGUCAUGCUGGCUUCUGGAGUUCUGCCACAACUCCAGCAGCCCCUACUAGAGAGGCCUCCCACAGCCAACCCCUUCUUCUGCUUGCGUGCCAAAAACUCCCAGUCUCUUCUAGAGCGAGAGGUCCAAGAAGCACGAGAGAGAGAAAGGGAGCUGCAGCGGCAACGACACAAGCUUUACGGCUCAGCGCUCCCCCAACAGCCCGAGGAAACCUCAGAUCAGGACGAGGAGGCUCCCUUCCAAGCAGAGAAACCACCCUGCAAGAAACUGGAUGUGACCUGGCCCCCGCCCAGCCCAUCUGAGACCUGCCAGGUGAAUGGCCUUCACCAGCUGGAAAGAAGUCCUCGAAGUCGCCAGAAGAGUCCCUUAAUCCAGCGCUGGGAGUCAGGGACGGUUGGCAACCAGGAGAGCCAGGAUUAGGGGCUGCCCUUGCAAGAAGAGGAUGUGGAUUGCAUCUCAAAGACUCCUCCAGCUCUGCUCCAAGUGUAUCACACCACGUGCAAUGUGCCUCUGGUGCCAGCCAGAUGUUCUUUCUACAAUUUGGCAAAAAUAUUCAAUAGUAUUUCUGUGCAACUCAUUUAACUCUGCUGGUUUAAACCUG